AUGAGCUUGGUCUACAAGCAAAUACUAGAUUUCAUGGACAAAUCGCCGAGUAUACAACUUGAGGUUGUUUUUUUACGAGUUUUUUUGAGUUUUUUUCCGACAUUUUCAAGGUAGAAAAUGCUCAAAAAUUCAUUUUUUUAUUCGAAAGAAAUUUCUAAAAAUGUUUUUAUUUUUUUCGAUUUUUUUACUUCUUAUUUCAAAAAAAUGCUUUUUAAGUUUUUUUGUAAGUAGUCUUGCUGCACAAAAAAAACAUGAAAUAUUCAAAUUUCAGUCCAAAAAAAUGUUUUUUUGGAAAUUUUUUUAUCGAAAAUCCAUGAAAUUUUUCUUUUUCUGUCCGGUAAUAAUCGAUAUUUUUUUAAUUUGUUAAAUUUUUCGCGUUAGAAGCGGCUUAAAAAUCGAAACAGGAAACUUACAAAAGUUUCAAAAAAAUAGAAAAAUUUUAGCCAAAAAGCUGGAAAAAAAGGCAGCUAAAUGACCACAAAAAUGGUCUUUUUAAGGAAUUUUGAUGAAUUGAGCUUUUUCAUUUUUUUCGUUAGAAUUUUAGAGGCUUAAAAAAAGUGAGAAACGACAAGAAAAAAAGUUAAAAAAAGUCUUUAAAAAAAUUGCCAAAAAAAGGCAACAAAAAUGACCUUUUUUCAAGCGUUUUAAGAACAUUUUUGGAAAUUUCUGAGCGUCCUUUCUUUAUAAAAAAACUUUCAAAAAUAUAUAAAAAAACCAAAAUAAAAAAAUUAGCAUAUAUUCCGUAAGACGCCAUUAUAGAAAGCACUCCCAAAAGUCUCCUCUUGGCGCAUUUCGCGUGCGUGCGCGCGCCAAUUCAAAUUUCGUCUCUUGGACUAGAUUUACAGGCUUCCAGUAUAUGGUUCUUUUUGUAUACUUCUUGCUUAUUCAUUUCCAGUUUUAUUUCAUUCAAUAUUGACUCAUUUGGUGAAGCUUACUUUAUUUCCAAAAGUGUUGAACCAUCUACUGGAAGCCUGUAAAUCUAGUCCAAGAGACGAAAUUUGAAUUGGCGCGCGCACGCACGCGAAAUGCGCCAAGAGGAGACUUUUGGGAGUUUUAUCUAUAAUGGCGUCUAUAUUCCGUACUGUAAAUGAAGGAUUUGAAUACAGAAAUCGAGUAGUCCCAACGUUUUGACGAGCAAAUUGCCGCAGCAUUGGCGCUCCAACAAAUCGCUCCAGACGCAGUUUUUCGUCGUUCUUCUGACUCCCGUCCCGGAUAACACCUUGGGUUUGCUUUUUUAUUAAUGCCGUGUUCGAAGAGAUUCCGCAAAAUUCAUAAGAGCCGUUAGAACUUUGAAAAGAAACUGCUAAGAGACAGCAAAAAAAAAAACAAGGUCUCGAAGCGAAGAUGCUCAGUUUUGUUCUGAUUUGGUAUACGGUAUUUUUUUGCAAAAGAAACAGGUUUCUUUCCGAAACGCAAAAGGGCUGAGUUUAUUUGAACAAAGUUCGAUCCUAAAAAUUUUCCAAAAAUUUUUUAGGUGUGUUCGAAACAAUUUGAAUAUUCAUCUGAAGAUGAACCGUCAUUUGAGAAAUUGUUCUGAAAUUUUUCUUUUUUGAGAUUUUUCAGAUUGAUUUUCUGAAGGAAAAGCUCACAAAGAAAUGCCAAAAAUUUAUUUUUUCGUACUUUGAGAUUUUUUUUUUCAUAAAAGCGAGAUUCUAUCCGGAUUUUUUCUCUAAAAAUCGUCAUUUUCACACAAUUAUUAUUCAUUUUUUCCUCCUGAGUUGGUCCGUCAUUUGAGACGUUAGUUCGAAAAUUUUUGUCAUUAGAUAUUCCAGAUUGAUUUUUUUGAAGGAAAAGGUUACAAGGAAAAACCGAAAUUUUUAUUUUUUUCGUGAUUUGAGAUUUUUUUAGAUUAGAUUUUUUUAUCACAAAAGCGAGAUUCUAGCCUAAUUUCUUCUCUAAAAAUCGUCAUUUUCACACAAUUAUUUUUUUUCCUCCUAAAUUAUUAGAGCUCUAGUCGAUUAAUUUUUUUCUCACUCCUACAGGCAUUUUUGAAGUUUUUCUAUGAGCUUUAUGACGAAAAAUUAGUCCCCCUUCAGCUCGUUUAAAACGCCAAAAAACGUCAUUUUUUUUUUUUUUAAUUCAAGUGGUUAGGAUUUACAAUCAUCUGUUGUCAAAUCAUCAUUAUAUUAGUUAACUAAGAAGUUUCAGUGUCGAUUUCGGCGGGAAACGACGAAACUCCGUGCAGCGAGAUCCGGAACGAGACGGCCAAAAUUCAGCAGCAGGUCGCCAGGUUCAGCGACCUUCGAUUCGUCGGAAGAUCCGGCAGAGGUACGUUUUUUCUGUGCUUUUUUUUCAAUGAAUCUUAUUAUUAUUUGUCGUUUUGUCAUCCUCCAAGUGAUGCUUCAUCUUUUUUUUUUCUAGUUUGAAAGAUGAUAAAUCCUUCCUGCAACAGUGUGGUCGAACGAAAAUCAGUUGAAGGAUAUAGUCAAAAAAAAUUACUCUCAUUUUUUAGAUAUUAUGUCACGAAAGUCUACUGGAAAUAGCACAAAACUUCUAAAUUUUGCAAAAAAAUUGAUCAUUUUCGUUUAUUUAUUUAUUUAUUUAUUUUUUUGCUUCCUUUUUUUCUUUCUUCGUAGUGAAGGCUUUCGAUCAAAAAUAGAGUUUUCAAAUAUCUUGUUUUUUUAAAUCUCAGGUUACGGUAUGUAACUUUCUGUACACCGAUCUUUGGUUAUCUUGGCGCGAAAUUUAUUUAUUUAUUUUAUUUAUUUCUAAUAAUUUAAAAAAAUUUGAUUCGAUAAAAAAACCGCGUUUAAGAGCGACUUUAGUGCAUAUUUGGGGAAAAAGAUCUCAAAUUACGGAAAAUUUUUAGUGGACCCUUUAGGGUUUUGACUUUAUAGCGGUCACUGAAGAAGUAGAAUUAGUGGCCACUCAAGGGGCGAAAAAAUUAGUGGCCAAUUUAAAGUUUUAAGCAGUCCUUUUAUACCAUUAAACACUACUAUAGUGGCCACUAAAACGCGAAAUAGCGGCUUCUAUAGUGGUGGUCUUAGGGGCCACUUUAGUGUCCUCUCCAAGUUGUCCUUAAGGAACUUCUUAAGUGACUACUAGAAGCUUUCCCAAGUGUUAAUAUAGCUGAUUCACGGCUGGCUUGAGCCAUCAAAAAAAGGGUCCUGACACGAUUAUGCACGAGAUAGCGCCUGACUCGUGGAGAGCGCAGACAGGACACGCCCCCUUAGAGUCCCAAGCUGGCCGUGAAUCAGCUAUAGCUUCAAUCGCCCUUCGAAGGAAUAAGGAAAUAAAAAUGUGUGAAAAAAGGAAGGCCGGUUGACCCGCCAGUGCGGUAAAACAAAGGCGUUUCGCGCGGUUGUUAUACCUGACGUUACACAAUUUUUAUGCAUCCGCCGGUGGGCCUUUGGACCAACCGACAGGUGUGAACACCACGGUGACAUUAUUGGUUAUUGACUGCUAUAACAUGUUCCGGAAGGCUCUAGGAUCUUUUGGUUCCACCUCGGGUUUUUUUUGAAGUUUUUGAGGAAGGGGUUGGGGUCAUAAGCUCCGAGAGAAGGAUAGACUUGCUAAAUUUUUGAGAAAUGAGGAAGAAAACUUUUAACCUCACAAGGAAGUUGGUUUUACUAUGCGGUAAUUAAUUUUCUAAUAAUUGGCCAGAACUCCCCUCGAUGUACCGAAAGAAUGAUUCUGAAAGACACGGCAUUUUUCACACUAAUAAUCCCACAAGGAGGUUAUUACUUUGCGCCUCAGAACUCUUCAAAAAUUGGCCAGAAUACUGCUUGAAACACCAGAAGAAGGUUCUGAAAGUCUCAACCUGCACAAUUUGCUAGUUUUUGAGAAAGGAAACCUCAAAGUUGAAGAAAACCCUGAAAUGAGCUAUUUUGGGUCUUUGAGCCCAUAUUUCUUGAAAGCUAGAUAGUUGCGCAGGUGGAGACUUUCAGAACCUCUUUCUGGUGAAUCAGGGAGUUUCUGGCAUUUUCAGAAAACUAUCGAUUGCAAAUUGAAAUGACCUUCCUUGUCAGGGAGGUAUUUGAAAAAAUUCAAAGUUGGUUUUGACUUUAAUAAUAAUUUAUUGACAGAUCAGCGUGAACCCUAACGAGUUCACUUGGAUCUAGAAUUUGAGAGAAUACAUUAUACAGUUAUACAUCAUUUGAGUCGUGGAGGAAUAGACAAGAAGAUCUCGUGCAAUGGUAGAUUGACCAGUAAGUUUUUUUAAAGACUUGGGGUGGUGGCUGAAUUGAAAUUUGGAAGUGAGUUUGUUCCAAGUAGGAAUUGUUUUUAAAGAAAAAAAUCAUUAGAAAACUGACCUUGAGAACGCAGUCGAAGUGGAUUUCGCCUUAAAUUGGACCUGAGGGCAAAAAAAGUUCGAACUGGGGAAAAAUGAUCGAUACCGAAGACAAUUUUAUGAAGGGUCAGAAUGUCAGAUAUAGCUCGUCUGAGGUAAAGUGGAGAGAUAUCAAAUUGUUCAAGGCGAUCAGAGUAAGAUUCAAAGGAUAAGUUGGACCUAAUAAAAAUUUUACGAGAAAAAAUUCUGAGAGGAGAUUCCAGUUUGUAGCAGAGAUCAGAAUUAAGGGGAGGGUUAAAAACUUCGGAGCAGUAUUCUAGAAUAGGCCUUACAUAGGUGUUAAAAAUUUUGAACAAUAGAUCAGGUGAUUUGGAACGAAAACAGUUGAGUAUCUGAUUGGAACGAAGGGUUGCUAAAGAAACGAUAUUGUUAAUGUGAGGAGCGAGAGUUAGUUUAUCAUCGAUAAGAACACCUAGAUCACGGAUAAUGGUUUUUCUGGGAAUAGACAGACCAUUGAUUAAAUAAGUUGUUUUGGGAUUGAGGGGACCAAGGUUGAUAGCAAAAGUUUUGUGCGCAGCAAGAGGCAAGCCCCAAAUGGAAGACCAUUCAAAUAUGGAAUUAAUACUACGUUGGAGAGAUUCAGGGUUAGAACUGUAAAUUUUUAUAUCAUCAGCGAACAGAGAGAUUGAGGUUUCAUGGUCAAUGUAGUUAACAAUAUCAUUGAUGAAAAUUAGAAAAAGCAAAGGACCAGAUACAGUUCCUUGAAGGACACCGGAAGUAUUGAGAUAAGUAAGAGAAGAACGAGAUCCAUCGAUCAGAACAUUAGAAACACGCUCAGAUAAGAAGUUUUUGUACCAUCGAACAACGUUUUCGUCAAGACCAAAGUUCUUGAGCUUAUGAACAAGCAGAGAAUGAUUUACCUUAUCAAAAGCCUUGGCAAAGUCAAAAUAAACAACAUCGACAAAUUUUUUCGAGGCGAUAGAUUUUUGCCAAGAGGAGAGGCAAGAUAGAAGGUUAAGCUUGCAAGAUCGUUUUGAGGAGGUUGUCCUGACUUUAAUUGAGGAAGACUUGAGAGGGCGGUCUUUUUCAAAACAUUCUGUCCAUUUUUGGUUUCAAGUCGUGAAGUUAUUUAAUAUAUUCUUUUCCGGCUCGUGACGUUUCCCUGCAAAGCGUUUGCGAUGCGUUUUGGCGCCAAUUUAAAAAUUUUCGCAUGUUUGAAUUUUUUUUCUGGUUGUCUAAUAAAGAUAUCACAAAUUCAUUGAAUAGUUUUUUAAGAAGUUGUCUGAAAAUUUUUAUAUGUGGAUUCCCAAUAAGGGUGUACGAUAAUUUUUUUGAAUUGGCGCCAAAACGCAUCGCGACCGCCGUGCACAGGAACUGCAAGUGCCGCACACUUAUGAGAAAAUAGGUUCAAUAAUUUUUUUUCUGAUGACUUUUUCCAGAGGAAUGAAAAAAAAAAUUUUUUCAACUUUUUUGGUCAGCGUUUGCGGUCGCGUCGCGGCCAAACCAACCUCUGAUCAAAGCUUGGCGCGACCGCCACGGAUCCAGUCCGUUUGGACGAUAGUGAUCAUCGCGGAGGAUGCAUAUCUGCCGCACUUCCCCUCGCAAGGUUUUGCGGUGUUCCAACCGACGCUUCAUAACACGCAUACGUGUCCAGACGACGAUCGUCGACGUCGAUAAGCGCCAAGAUUCGCCCAGCCGAAUGGCGGCCUGGCCAACCUCGAUCGUGCCGUCUUUCGAGGGAAUCUGGGUGAAAUUGAGUCGGAGAUAGUUGGAAAUAGUUACUCAGGAAGAUCUGGAAAAGUAACCAGAAGGAGGUUGGAAGGUAAAUGGAAGCUAGAAGGUCCUGACAAGGUCGUGGGAAAAGUGUUCAGAAGGUAGCUGGAAGGUCUUUUUCGGGCGAGUCAAAGAUGUUUGAGCCUAGAUACACAGGGAGGUUCGGGAAGGUGGUUGGAAGGUGAAUGGAAGCUAGAAGGUCUUGAGAAAGCCUUGGGAAGGUGUUCAGAAGGUAGUUGGUAUGCCUUUCUCAGAAAUUUCCUGGGAUGAUACCAGCAGGAGGUUGGGAAGUGUAUGGAGGCUAGAAGGCCUGGAGAAGGUGUUCAGAAGUUCAAAAAUCUGAAAUGACUGCCAGAAGCCUUCCAGAAGACUUCUUGAAGGUAAAAAACUUGCGGGAAGUUAUCCAAACGUCUAACCUCCUAGAUGUGCUGGAACACCUUUUUCAAGAUUUUUCGACUGGAAGAAUGACUUUUUAGGCUUCUACUCUUGUAAAACGAGAAGUUUUGAGAGGCUUUCGGUCAAUUCAGAGCCGUUUCUGAAGUUUUGUACUUGUCAAUAGAAUUCGCGCGGGAAAUUCGAAAAAAGGACAGAGAAUCUUGUUUUGCGAAACCGGUCGUGGUGUUAUCUGGGCGCGCGAACGGCCGUUUCUUCAACCAUAUGUGGUGGCGGUGGCUGCCUGCUGAUGAACAAGGCGACGAGGACGAUCAGCCAGAUUCUUAUCGCCCCACAAAUAUUCCCCCCUCUCACCUUUCGCCGUCACGCAAACACAUAUGUGAUCUGCCUUUCUCAAUGAUGCUUCGAAUUUUUUUGGGAAAUUCUAUGACUUGUAACGGUCCUGCAAGGUCGUAAAUAUCCCCCGCCCCCCCCAAGGGCCUGUUAGGGGGUAAAAUAGGGGCCCCUGAUGGGGAAAUUUUUUUAGGGGGUGAAUUUUUUUCAAAUAUUAUUCAAGGACCGUUGUUUGAAAGAGUAAGGGACGAGCAUGAGAAGCGAAUUUCAGUGAAAAAUUCAAUGUUACCCCCCUAUAGACCCUAAACCAGAUUUUCGGGACCCCCUGAUAGGGGUUGAUUCAGGGGCCCCUACAAAGGACCAAAUUUGUCCCUCUCAACUUUUUCUCAGUAAGUCCGAAGUACGUACUGGGUUACGGAGGUCCGCGACAGCACAGGGGACAGGGGGAGGGGGGCUAAUUUAGGCAUAUAGAAAACCGCAAAAAAACUUUAAUGCAAUUUUUUUCUACUGAAAAAGUUUUAGGAAACCUUUUUUUGCGUAAUUUUUUUAUCUAAAUCUCCCUGAGAAUUAUUUUAAAUGAUCAUAAAUGCAUAUGGAUCAUUGAUCUACCUUUCCAAUAUACCAAAAAAAUCAGCAAGAUUAUCAUGGCAAAAAUAUUUUUGGCCGAUGUUUUUAAAAAAAUUGAGCGAAAUCGGAAGCUUCAAUAUAACUAAAAAAAUUUAGUUAAAAAAACUUCAUUUUCAAAGUAUCAAUCUACAGGAGCAACUAAAUUUAUAAACGCAAGACGAUUUUUCCAGGAAAAAUGCUUCAAUUUGACGAUCACUAUCCACAGCCGACCGUUGAUGGUCGCCAUGGUGACGAGGGUUAUCAAGGUGAUUUUUGUCCCAAAAAUUUUUAAAAAAAAUUAAUAAAGAACUUUAAGAUCAUACAAUUAUUACAGUUAAAAAAAGUGAAAAAAAGGUUUUUUUAUACUGAUAAAGUUCACUUGAAAGAUCAGAAGAGAUGUUUAAAAAAUGGCAAAAAAAAAAGAAUGACCUGGAGAGGACUCGAACCUGCGACCUUUUGAUCUUAUAAUUUUGGUUUUCUAACAGUUUUUAGGCCAAAGAAGUGGAAAAAGGAGUAAUCAAUAUUAAUUUCCCUGGAAAAUAUCAGAAUACAUGCAGGUGACCGUAGACGGACCACGUGACGCUCGGAUCCCGAAGCCGAUAACGACCCUUAAGCGACCACUUCCGGCUUGCCCGCCCGGGCCUUCUUCGCUGCUCGGCACGCCGCCAAUGCCGUCCAUGAUGACGCCGUCGAGUUCCAUGAUUCCGAUCGCCUCCUACCUCCCCAUGCUGCCUGCAAUCAUUCCACAGUAA